ACUAUUGAAUCAAAGUUAGAAAGGUAAAAACUUACAGAGAGCAAAACACAACCUACACAAUUUUCUUAACCCUUCUUUCUUCUUCAUAACAUCUUUUUAUCACUACCAUGGGUAAAAAACGUGCUCUAAUCGUUGGCUUAAACUAUCCUAAUCAAUCAAAUUUUCUUAGAGACUCUGUUAACGACUCGAUAAGAGUUAAGGAUAUGUUAAUCACCUAUUAUGGUUUUGCUCCGAAUGCUGUCAAGCUCGUGGUGGAUGCAAAAGGCACAAUGAAUACUCCUCCAUUAAAUGAUUUUCGUAUAAAGAAAACAACAAAACAGAUCAAUGAUGAAUACAUAUGCAAAAAACUAACUAAAAUGAUAAAAAAAUCUUCGGCAGGAGACACAAUAUUUUUCUACUUUGCGGGACAUGGAGGAAGCACAACAACAGCAUUCGAUAAUGACACAGGCCAAGAAGAAUAUAUGAGAUGUCAUGGGGGCACUAUGAUCGAAGACUCGGCUAUUAGACAUUUGUGGCAAACUGUUCCUGAAGGAUGCUCCUUCACGUUUGUUGCUGACUGCUGUAAAUCUGGAGGCCUACUCGAAGGCGCAAAGGAAAUAGUUGGUCAUAGCAAGAUUGGAUCUACGGUUUCCGAAAAAGGGUUGAAACCUUGGAAUAAAGUAUGUAAACUAGGAAGGCCCACAAAUCAUCCACUUGGUAUAUUUAUAUCAAGUUGUCAAGCUAAUGAGGAUUGCAGAGGAGGAUUUUGUGAAGAGAGACUUGAACACAGUUCGUUUUUCAGUCAAGCUUUUCUUCGUGUUAUCGAAGAAACAAGAGGGAAUGUCACUAAUUUGAAGUUAGUUCAACGAAUAACAAAACUGCUUGAAAAUAGACCUAUCGAAACAACUCCGGGUCUUUAUUGUGAUGACAACCAGAUGAAAUUGAUGUUUUUGGGGAGUCCCUAGUCAGUAUUAGUAUAAGAACCUAAGUUUCAUAAUAAUUAGAAGCCAAAUAUCUUUUAAAUUA